GCGCCGCGAGCCACCUCGCGCCAGCCCGAGUCGGAGUCCCUGUUGGGGGCGGUGUCUACGGUUGAGCUGAGGGCGCAGGCGCCACGGCCCGUCUAGCCGGGUUCCCGGGCGGCUGGCGGCGGCGGCAGCGCCAGUGGCAGCGGCAGAGUCUCCGUUUCCGUGUGGGCGGCCACGCAGCCCUGGAUAGUCUGUAGAGAAUGCCAAAUGAGGGAAUCCCCCACUCAAGUCAAACUCAGGAGCAAGACUAUUUACAGAGUCAACUUGUCAGUAAUAAUGAAGAAAUGGCAAUCAAGCAAGAAAGUGGUGGUGAUGGGGAGGUGGAAGAAUACCUGCCCUUUAGUUCCGUGGGUGACGGACUGUCCACCUCUGCCGAGGGGUGCGCAUCAGCAGCUCCGAGGAGAGGGCCAGCCCUGCUGCAUAUCAACCGUCAUCAGAUCCAGGCGGUGGAGCCUAGCGCCCAGGCCCUUGAGCUGCAGGGUUUGGGUGUGGACGUCUAUGACCAGGAUGUGCUGGAACAGGGUGUGCUUCGGCAGGUGGACAAUGCCAUCCAUGAGGCCAGCCGUACCUCCCAGCUCGCUGACGUAGAGAAAGAGUAUCGGUCGGUCCUGGAUGACCUCACGUCAUGUACAACAUCACUAAGGCAAAUCAAUAAAAUUAUUGAACAGCUUAGCCCUCAAGCUGCCACCAGCAGAGACAUCAACAGGAAACUAGAUUCUGUAAAACGACAGAAGUAUAAUAAGGAACAACAGCUAAAAAAGAUCACUGCAAAACAAAAGCAUCUCCAGGCCAUCCUUGGAGGAGCAGAGGUGAAAAUUGAACUAGAUCACGCCAGUCUAGAGGAAGAUGCAGAGCCGGGGCCAUCCAGUCUUGGCAGCAUGCUCAUGCCUGUCCAGGAGACUGCCUGGGAAGAGCUCAUUCGCACUGGCCAGAUGACACCUUUUGGUACCCAGAUCCCUCAGAAACAGGAGAAAAAGCCCAGAAAAAUCAUGCUCAAUGAAGCAUCAGGCUUCGAAAAGUAUUUGGCAGAUCAAGCAAAACUGUCUUUUGAAAGGAAGAAGCAAGCUACUUAUAAUAAAAGACCAGCUAGAAAAGCUCCAGCCUCAGUCACGCCUCCGGCCCCAACACAAAGUAAAAACAAACCAAACAAGAAAGCCAAAGUUCUGUCCAAAAAAGAGGAGCGUUUGAAAAAGCACAUCAAGAAACUCCAGAAGAGGGCUUUGCAGUUCCAGGGGAAAGUGGGAUUGCCAAAGGCAAGGAGACCCUGGGAGUCAGACAUGAGGCCAGAGGCAGAGGGAGACUCUGAGGGUGAAGAGUCUGAGUAUUUCCCCACAGAGGAGGAGGAGGAGGAGGAAGAUGACGAGGUGGAGGGGGUGGAGGCAGACCUGUCUGGAGACGGUACUGACUAUGAGCUGAAGCCUCUGCCCAAGGGCCGGAAACGGCAGAAGAAAGUCCCAGUGCAGGAGAUUGAUGACGACUUUUUCCCAAGUUCUGGGGAAGAAGCUGAAGCUUCUCCUAUAGGAGAAGGAGGAGGAGGAAGUCGGAAAGUAGGAAGAUACCGAGAUGAUGGAGAUGAAGAUUAUUAUAAGCAGCGGUUAAGGAGAUGGAAUAAACUGAGACUGCAGGACAAAGAGAAACGUCUGAAGCUGGAGGACGAUUCUGAGGAAAGCGAUGCUGAAUUUGACGAAGGUUUUAAAGUGCCAGGUUUUCUGUUCAAAAAGCUUUUUAAGUACCAGCAGACAGGUGUUAGGUGGCUGUGGGAAUUGCACUGCCAGCAGGCAGGAGGAAUUCUGGGAGACGAAAUGGGAUUGGGCAAGACCAUCCAGAUAAUUGCCUUCUUGGCAGGUCUGAGCUACAGCAAGAUCAGGACUCGUGGUUCAAAUUACAGGUUUGAGGGGUUGGGUCCAACUGUAAUUGUCUGUCCAACAACAGUGAUGCAUCAGUGGGUGAAGGAAUUUCACACGUGGUGGCCUCCAUUCAGAGUGGCAAUUCUACAUGAAACCGGUUCCUAUACCCACAAAAAGGAGAAACUAAUUCGAGAUGUUGCUCAUUGUCAUGGAAUUUUGAUCACAUCUUACUCCUACAUUCGACUGAUGCAGGAUGACAUUAGCAGGUAUGACUGGCAUUAUGUGAUCUUGGACGAAGGACACAAAAUUCGAAAUCCAAAUGCUGCUGUCACCCUUGCUUGCAAACAGUUUCGCACCCCUCAUCGGAUCAUCCUGUCUGGCUCACCAAUGCAAAAUAACCUCCGAGAGCUGUGGUCACUCUUUGACUUCAUCUUCCCGGGAAAGUUAGGCACGUUGCCUGUGUUUAUGGAGCAGUUCUCCGUCCCCAUCACCAUGGGGGGAUAUUCAAAUGCUUCCCCAGUACAGGUCAAAACUGCUUACAAGUGUGCAUGUGUAUUACGAGAUACCAUAAAUCCAUAUCUACUACGGAGAAUGAAGUCAGAUGUCAAGAUGAGCCUUUCUUUGCCAGAUAAAAAUGAACAGGUCUUAUUUUGCCGUCUUACAGAUGAGCAGCAUAAAGUCUACCAAAAUUUCGUUGAUUCCAAAGAAGUUUACAGGAUUCUCAAUGGAGAGAUGCAGAUUUUCUCCGGACUCAUAGCCCUAAGGAAAAUUUGCAACCACCCUGAUCUCUUUUCUGGAGGUCCCAAGAAUCUCAAAGGUCUUCCUGAUGAUGAACUAGAAGAAGAUCAGUUUGGGUACUGGAAACGUUCUGGGAAAAUGAUUGUUGUUGAAUCUUUGUUGAAAAUAUGGCACAAGCAGGGUCAGCGAGUAUUGCUGUUUUCUCAGUCAAGGCAGAUGCUGGACAUACUUGAAGUAUUCCUUAGAGCCCAAAAGUAUACCUAUCUCAAGAUGGAUGGUACCACUACAAUAGCUUCAAGACAGCCACUGAUUACAAGAUACAAUGAGGACACAUCCAUAUUUGUGUUUCUUCUGACCACGCGGGUGGGCGGUUUAGGUGUCAACCUGACAGGGGCAAACAGAGUUGUCAUCUAUGACCCCGACUGGAACCCAAGCACAGACACACAGGCCCGGGAGCGAGCAUGGAGAAUAGGCCAGAAGAAGCAGGUGACUGUGUACAGGCUCCUCACUGCAGGCACCAUUGAAGAAAAGAUCUACCACCGACAAAUCUUCAAGCAGUUUUUGACAAAUAGAGUGCUAAAAGACCCAAAACAAAGGCGUUUUUUCAAAUCCAAUGAUCUCUAUGAGCUAUUUACUCUGACUAGCCCUGAUGCAUCCCAGAGCACUGAAACAAGUGCGAUUUUUGCAGGAACUGGAUCAGAUGUUCAGACACCCAAAUGCCAUCUAAAAAGAAAGAUUCAACCAGCCUUUGGAGCAGACCAUGAUGUUCCAAAACGCAAAAAGUUCCCUGCUUCUAACAUAUCAAUAAAUGAUGCCACAUCAUCUGAAGAGAAAUCUGAGGCUAAAGGAGCUGAAGUAAAUGUAGUACCUUCUAAUCAAAGUGAUCCUUUGAAAGAUGACCCUCACAUGAGUAGUAAUAUAGCUAGCAAUGAUAGGCUUGGAGAAGAGACAAAUGCAGUAUCUGGACCGGAAGAGUCGUCAGUGAUUAGUGGAAAUGGGGAAUGUUCAAAUUCUUCAGGAACAGGCAAAACUUCUAGGCCAUCUGGUGAUGAAAGCAUUGAUGAAAAGUUGGGUCUUUCUUACAAAAGAGAAAGACCCAGCCAGGCUCGAACAGAAUCUUUUUGGGAGAAUAAACAAAUGGAAAAUAAUUUUUAUAAGCACAAGUCAAAAACAAAACAUCAUAGUGUGGCAGAAGAAGAGACCCUAGAGAAACAUCUGAGACCAAAGCGAAAGCCUAAGAACCCUAAGCAUUGCAGAGACGCCAAGUUUGAAGGAACUCGAAUUCCACACCUGGUGAAGAAAAGGCGUUACCAGAAGCAAGAUAGUGAAAACAAGAGUGAGGCCAAGGAACAGAGCAAUGAUGAUUAUGUUUUGGAAAAGCUUUUCAAAAAAUCAGUUGGCGUGCACAGUGUCAUGAAGCACGAUGCCAUCAUGGAUGGAGCCAGCCCAGAUUAUGUACUGGUGGAAGCAGAAGCCAACCGAGUGGCUCAGGAUGCCUUGAAAGCACUGAGGCUCUCUCGUCAGCAGUGUCUGGGAGCAGUGUCUGGUGUUCCCACCUGGACUGGCCACAGGGUGAUUUCUGGUGCACCAGCAGGAACAAAGAGUAGAUUUGGUAAGAAAAGGAAUUCUAACUUCUCUGUGCAGCAUUCUUCAUCGACAUCUCCAACAGAGAAGUGCCAGGAUGGCAUCAUGAAAAAGGAGGGAAAAGAUAAUGUCCCUGAGCAUUUUAGUGGAAGAGCAGAAGAUGCAGACUCUUCGUCCGGGGCCCUUGCUUCCUCCUCACUCUUGGCUAAAAUGAGAGCUAGAAACCACCUGAUUCUGCCAGAGCGUUUAGAAAGUGAAAGCGGGCACCUGCAGGAAGCUUCUGCCCUGCUUCCCACCACAGAACAUGAUGACCUUCUGGUGGAGAUGAGAAACUUCAUCGCUUUCCAGGCCCACACUGAUGGCCAGGCCAGCACUAGGGAGAUACUACAGGAGUUUGAAUCCAAGUUAUCUGCAUCGCAGUCUUGUGUCUUCCGAGAACUAUUGAGAAAUCUGUGCACUUUUCAUAGAACUUCUGGUGGUGAAGGAAUCUGGAAACUCAAGCCAGAAUACUGCUAAACAACAUUGCUUCCUAAACUUUCAAGUCACUUUUUCUAAUGGGCAUUUCUGAUUAUUAAUUUAUUAUUAAUAAUCAUGUUUGUCAAUGGAAGUUGGCUGCACUUGAUGUUUGUUUGCAUGACAUCUACCUCAGAAUAAAAACUUUAAGAAGA